AUGACGCAGAACAAGGUGCACCAGGAGCCAGGCUUGUCUCCCCGGAUGUCCACUGUGAUCUCUAUUAGCAGGGAGGACAUCACACCUGACUAUGUCACCUGGUCCCUGUUCAACACGCUCUUCAUGAACUUCUGCUGCCUGGGCUUCAUAGCCUUCGCCUACUCCGUGAAGUCUAGGGACAGGAAGAUGGUAGGUGACAUAACUGGGGCCCAGGCCUUCGCCUCCACUGCCAAGUGCCUGAACAUCUGGGCCCUGAUCUUCAACAUCCUCCUGACGAUCGGCGCCAUCGUGAUUCUCAUCAUCUUCUCAGCAGCGGUUGUCCAGGCUGUUUCACAGAUGAUGAACCAUCCUGGGGGCUUCUAGUCUUGCCAUGUCCUGACCCCCUAGCUGGCCCUGCACCCGGGGCUGAGGCCCUGCCCCUGCACUCCACGCUUUCUGAAGCAUUUACACGCACCCAUCUGUCCACAGUGGGAUUCAAUAAAGUGUUUGUAUGCGGG